AAGUAGUCUUUGAUUGCAUGUUGAAGAUGAAAGACGAUUCACAAGCAGCAAUAAAUUAUACUUGAUAUAUGUAGAUAUGUAUACAUAAGCAAAAGGGAUUAAAACGAGUUUGUUUGCCAAUAUGGAUGGCCAUAACGUGGAAUCAAAUGAUGAUAGUUUUCUUAAAUCUCGUAAGUCUAAAGACAAGCCUCCUCUAUGGGACACUUUCCAAGACCCGCCAUCAAGGAGAGCAACAGGAUCGGCAGCGAGUUGGGCGAAGUUGGGCUGCUUUUUGAAAAUCUUUAAAUUUUUGACAUACAUCUUUGUAUUUAUUGUCGUUUUGGCAACAGCUACUACAUCGAAAAUAUCGUUCCUCUUAAUGGUGUCCCGUCUUCGUAAAAAUGCAGUUGUAAAGAGAUGCAAUGCUUUGGGUGUGGAAGAAUUCUUUACAGCAGUUUUACCGAAGGAGGAGCAAUACACAUGGACCUGGGCUUUGAUAUUUGCAUUCGCGGCACCCGAGGUUUUUACAUUUUUCCGUGCCUUACGUAUCUGCACCUUCAAGGAUGUGAAGUCACCUACUUGGAUGGAAUUUAUAUUGGUACUGUCUUUUGAAAUGUUGCAUACCAUCGGAAUGGCAAUAUUAGUGUUCUUCGUGAUGCCUCAGUUGAAUUCUAUUCAAGCACUAAUGCUUUGUAAUGCAGUUUGCUUUGUUCCUAGUCUUCUGAAUAUUGGGCUGGUCAGACAUUUCAGUUGGAGCUCCGUUUUCUAUUUUUUGAUGAGCGUUUUGAUGAUUGUUGCUCAAAUGAGUGCUUUUUUGGUAUGGCCCACAUUUUCAUCCAAUCUGGCUGUAAAGACACUUGCUCUACCGUUGAUUUUUGUUUCAAUGCGUUGGUGGGAAAACUAUGUUACGUCAAGUCCUUGUUUGGCACAUAUAUUAAAAACAUACCGACGCAAUCGUUCACGAUAUCAGACGUAUCUGUAUCUUUCACCAUUGAAAAUUAUCGUGUUUACACUAAUUGGAUUUAGCUUCCAUGGCCAACAUAUCACAGAUUAUUUCUCAUCUUUUAUGAAUGCCUGGCAACCCCAUGACAUAAUAAUUCAACGAGGAGAGGUGAGUACAUAUAUUUUGCUUUGUAAAAGAAUACUUUCUGCAAAUAAAGCAGAGACGAGGGCAACUGGUGGUGGACCCAACAGAAUGCAUAAUUUCAAUGAGUUGGAGGAAAAAGUGAUCGAGUUGACGGGUUUGCACACUUCCAGCUGUCUCUUUUGGUGUGGUAACAACACAGACGGUUACCCAACCGGUGGUGGAACCUGCGGCAGUGGUUCCUAUGCCAAUUGA